AUGUGACAACUCUCCUCCGGGACCCAGAACUUGGAAGAAUUGGUUGGAGCAAGUUUAGUAUCUGGGGACUGGGUAGCCCCAAAUCUCUCAUCUAGCCAGGACCAAGGGGCGCCCGUAGCACUAUAGCCACUUGGUGUGUGGAGAUCGCUCAUCCAGACUGGGUCUUCCAGAGCAAGAGGGAGCCGAGGGACCCCGCCAGAGCCGGUCCGGGGCCUGAGCUCCCCGCACUGCUGCAGAGCACAGCAUGACUGCACUCCUGCCGCUGCUGCUGGGCCUCAGUCUGGGCUGCACAGGAGCAGGUGGUUUUAUGGCCCAUGUGGAAAGCACCUGUCUGUUAGAUGACAAUGGGAUUCCAAAAGAAUUCACAUACUGUGUCGCCUACAACAAGGAUCUGCUGACCUGCUGGAACCCAGAGGUGGAUAGGAUGGACCCGUGUGAAUUUGGGACACUGCACGGGUUGGCUAUGUAUCUGUCCGAUUGUCUCAACAACGAUACAAGCCUGCUUCAACGCUUGCGCAAUGGACUCCAAGACUGUGUCACACACACCAAGCCCUUCUGGGGGUCAUUGACCCACAGAACAAAACCGCCAUCUGUGCAAGUAGCCCAGACCACGCCUUUUAACACCAGGGAGCCGGUGAUGCUGGCCUGCUACGUGUGGGGCUUCUAUCCCGCUGACGUGACCAUCACCUGGAUGAAGAAUGGGAAACUUGUCACCCCUCACAGCAGCGUCCAGAGGACUGCCCAGCCCAACGGAGACUGGACCUACCAGACUAUUUCUCGUUUAGCCUUAACCCCCUCUUACGGGGACGUCUACACCUGUGCAGUGGAGCACGCUGGGGCUUCUGCGCCCAUUUACCAGGACUGGACUCCUGGGCUGUCUCCCUUGCAGAAAGUGAAGGUUUCAGUGUCUGCGGUGGCUUUGGGCCUGGGCAUCAUUGUCUUCUCUUUGGGCAUGGUCAGCUGGCGGAAGGCCACCUCCUCGGGCUAUACUCCUCUCCCUGGAUCCAUUUAUCCUGAAGGACGACACAUUUCCUAAGGGCAGAAUCCUACAGCUUCUGCUCCAAGUGAGGAAGGAAUUCAGGCUCUUCCUGAUGCCACCGUGUACCCCCUAACCCCGCAAUCCCUCCGCACAUUCUUGGGUCCAGUUCUUUGAGUCUCCCUGCUCCCACAAUGUAAACGGUAGCAACACGUUUCUGGGAAUGAGUCCCCUCAAAUUAUUGCCCAAGGUUGUAUUUCUGGGUGUAUACAAUCAAGAGGGCCCCCCUGUGCUGCAGAGGACAGCAUUUGCUGGCCAUUGAUCGUCAUUGAGAAAUAAACU